AUGACAUGCUCGCCGGGCCGUCUCGGCCGACGAGUCAAACGACGACACUUUUUCUUCUUCUAUCUAUUUACUAUAUUUACUAUACUAGUUACCUUAUCCCUACUCCUGGCUUACGCUGGGGACGGCCCGGCCCCGGGCCUAGGCAACGCCGAGUUCGGCUGCCUGAUGGCGGCUGUCCGCUGCGCCCGCAACCAGGCCGGCGGCGCGAAUGCCGAGGGCAACGCCCACCACCUUAUUAAAGACUCUUAUAUUCUAGAAGAGGUGGUGGUUCCUGGAGGGGGUGGUUGGACUCGCCACUCUUCGUCAAUCUGGAAUGUUCCCUCUUGCAAACUCCUCAUUAGUCGCAGCCUCACCGACUUUUCGGAGGCGGCUACACGGUGGAGCGAACUACGCGCCUCCGGAGCCAGUUGCCCAGCUCCCAGUGGUUGCUUUGAAAUUGUAAGAAAGUUGUCUCUGUCUUUCGACUGUAGAGUGGAUAAAAAGACGGCGCUCGUCAAUGCCAGCUCCCGUUGCCAGCAGCCUUCCAGCCUCAGUCAAACUGUAAAAGUCGCUGCCUGGAAUUACCCAAACUGUCUCGCGGCUCUGUUGCUGGUUACCAGCCCGGUUUCAGAAACAGAUCCGCCCACUGCCAUCUCCUCCACUCUUCUUUCAAGCGGACCAAGUCUCUCCGGUCCAACAGGCCACAAGCCAACCAGUCAGCGCACAGACUCUUUGUGUCCUGGACACCAGAUCAUCUGCAUUGUGAUUGUGCUGUGCGACUCUCUCUGGCUGAUCCUGCUCUGCCGGCUCAUCAACUCGUCGCUGUUCGGCCCACCGCACAUCCACCUGCCACGCCAACAUGCUCAUGCAACGUAA